CCCCUUUAAAGGGACAGUAUAGGCAGCAGCUAGGCAGGCAAGAUAAAGUUAUACAAAGUCAGUAUGUAUCGAGGGAAACGGCCUGAUAUUGUCAGGAUGUGAAUUGUUGACAUUUGAACUGCGCACGUGCGUUUGUUUAUAAUUUCAUUUCCCGCGAAAGAUCACAAAUUACAAAUUACAAAUUACAAAUUACAAAAGUUUAUUGAAUCCGUAUAAAAUUUACAUUUUACAUGGGACGAAAAUACAAUAAACAGUGCAGUGCAGAUAGAGAGUCAGAAGAAAAGAGAGCAAUAAGUAAUAAAAGUAAUCAAAUAAUACAGAAAUUACUUAAGAGUGCAAGAGAGUUGGUGGGCAUUAUUACAAUGAUUGCAGCACAUGACCUGCUAUCACGGACCUGCUAUCACGGAUAGGAUAUCACAUCAUCCCAAAAUGGCGGCGUGUCUUUGCCAACAUACCGACGGCGACGAGAUACGUGAACAUGAGCUUGCUGCUGACUUCAAAUACUUUAAACUCGGCGAUGGGGUCGAUCAGGAGAAGGCCAUUGCAACAUCCUCUACUUUACGCUCGGAAUCGCCAAUUCCAAACUCCGCAUCUCGCUGGAAACGGUGCCAUGCUGAAAAACUGAACAUUUAUUGUGUCCCCAUUCACAAGUCGCAGUAUAUGCAUCCCGUCGGCGUUGACGACGUCAUGGAUGCGGUCCAUCAGAAGAUCCAGAUGUCUGCUUCCGGCUUUUCUUCUGCCACUGAUCGGAAACUUCGGUCUAAGCGUAGUACAUCUUGUACCAGUAGGCCUAGGUCUAAAUCUACUGGUGAACAACAGAAAUCCUCCCACUCGGCCUCACGGUCACAGAAGCAACAGGCAGAAUCAGAAUCUGCUCUGCCAUGCCCACUGGAACUGACUGCCGAGUCAUUGCAAUUGACACCAUUGCAGCUGCCAACGCCAGCGGUAGAGAUGCACAUCAAAGAAAACAAAGGAUUCAGCCGUGACCGUGUCCACUAUGAAUAUGAUUACAAAAGCCUUCUUCGAGACAUGAUAAAGCCGAACCGUGAUCCAGACAAGUGCGAUAAGUGGUGGGCCAAAUUUGAACAUGAAGUUGUGCGAAGGUACAACAUUAUGGAAAUUGUCGAUAGAAACUUAACCCAGCCAGAUAUUGAUGAGGAGAUGUCCUUGGCAUUUUCGGAUUCAUUCAUGGUUCGAAGCUCAGCCAAUGCCAAUGCAGCCGAAUGCAAAGACCCAAGUAAGAAAAUGCUGGAAGAUCUGUUGAAAAAUGUCCAAGGGGAAGAGGAUAGAGUAAAACUUCUUCGUCAGAACACCUUGGCUGACCAGUCUAUGGACACUAGAACUCCUGUUUCCAAGGCAUUCGACUUCCUUGAUUUUCGUCUGUAAGUAGAACAACUAUUGAACUAAUGCUAAUUAGGCAUGUUAGGGUCAGCUGAGGUAGUAGAAAGGCUCAGAUGGCGUCCGUCCAUCUGUCAGUGACAUGAAUUGAUUUACACUGUGCAGGUUCCACAACGAAAGUUAUAUUUUUCCAAUUUUGCAUUUGGUAAACUGUAUAAAAGACCAAUUUUUGUUGCCUCCCGACUCACGAUAAGCAAGCUACAGAGCUUGUCAUGUUUUGGCCAACAGCUAGCCCUGCCCAGCAAUAAAAAAAUUGAACAGUGCCAUACUAUGAGUCUGAAAAGAAAAUAUGUAAGUUUU